CGCGACGCGACGCGACGCCCCGACGCUUCGAACCCGUGUACCAUGUUACCUCCGCCUCCGUUGUCGACGACGAAACUGUGCCACGGGAGCUGCGUCCGAUAGCUGGUGACCGCCGAGGAAAUGGAGCCGUCAGCCACGUACUGUUUCUGCGGCCGUUCGCAGGAUCCGCAACAGUUUAUGAUACAGUGCGACGUGUGCAAGGAGUGGUACCAUGGCGGAUGCGUCGACUUGAAGGAAUAUGUGACUUCAGAUCUCGACAAGUACCAUUGUCCGCGGUGCGAAACUACGUGUGGUCCUUCACUUAUGAAAAUUAGAACAAACUGGCACAGACACGAUUAUACCGAAUGUGACGCAGAUACGAAGCCAGUCCAAACUGGAACCUCAGUAUUCAUACGAGAGCUAAAGUCUAGACACUUUUCCAAAGCUGAUGAGGUUGUGAAACAUGUGAAGGGGCACCAAUUAACUUUUCAGUAUUUACAAAUUAAUGGCUUUGAAAAUCCUAUUAUUAUUGAUGGGAAAGAUGGACUUGACAUGACUGUACCACCUUCGAGCUUCAGUGUUAAUGAUGUUGAGACUUAUAUAGAUGGUGAUCGAGACAUGGAUGUAAUUGAUGUUGCUAGACAAAAUAACAUUCGUAUGAAAUUAAGAGACUUUAUAGAAUAUUACAACUCUUCUCCUCGAACGAGAGUGCUUAAUGUCAUAAGUCUCGAAUUUACUAACACUGGCCUCUCACCCCUGGUUGAAGCGCCAUAUAUUGCGCGUAAACUCGACUGGGUUAAUUCGGUGUGGCCGCGCGAUUGGCCUGAGGACAGUGAUAUAAAACGACCAGAAGUACAAAAGUAUUGCCUAAUGGGGGUCAAAGACAGUUUCACAGAUUUUCACAUCGACUUCGGCGGCACGUCUGUGUGGUAUCAUGUGUUGCGCGGCGAAAAAGUGUUUUAUCUCAUUAAGCCGACGCCAGCAAACUUGCAGUUGUAUCAACAUUGGAUGUGCAGUUCGACGCAGAGUGAAACCUUCUUUGGGGAUCAGGCCGAUGCAUGUUACAAGUGUGUGCUUAAGCAGGGUCAAACGAUGAUGAUCCCCACAGGCUGGAUACACGCGGUGCUCACACCGGUGGAUUCCUUAGUUUUUGGUGGAAAUUUUGUGCACAGUCUCAACAUUCAGAUGCAAAUACAGAUAUAUGAGUUAGAGAGAAAGAUGAAGACUCCAGCGAAGUUUCAGUAUCCUGGAUUUGAGACGAUUAAUUGGUUUGCUGCUAAGAAAUUGCUAAAAGAAUUGAAAGAAUUAAAUAACGAAGGAAAGAAAUGCCCACCGUAUUUUUUACAAGGUAUGAAGGCAUUGCUUGGGAUCCUCAAACAAUGGAACACAGAUAAAGAUUAUAGCAUGAUCAGCCGCGGUAAUAUACCAGACACGAUAAAUAGCCAAAAAUUAUUGAAGGAUCUUAGUAAAGAGAUACGACAUGCAGAACGGUACUUAAUAUCUCUAAAUCCACCGAAGCCGGAACGCGAGAGUAAACGAAAGAAGAGGAAGCCAUUGAACAAAGAUUUUGUAGACUUCGAUUAUGCUGAUAAGAUAGUUGAUAACGCUUUUAAAGCGAAUAAGGCGACGUUGAAGGAAACCAAUAAAGCGACGUUGAAGGAGACUAAUAAAGCGACGUUGAAGGAAACGAAUAAAGCGACGGUAAAGGAAACAAACAAAUCAACGUUAAAGGAAACGAAUAAAGUACCGUCAAAGCAAACGAACAAAAUACAGCCCGCUUUAAUCGAACAGCCAUUAGCGAGACCACCGUUGAAGCUCACAUUGCCGAAACCGAUUAUGUGUCCUGUAGUUAAAACACCCGCGAUGGAGAAACCAACCGCCAAUAGUAAUAAACGACAACUAACCAAGCCGGGAAAACAGAGUCCUACCGUAAUUAGAUUUAAGCUUGGCAACAAUGAAGUUGUCAGAAGUACAAAUGACAAUAUAAAUGUUUAUGGUAGCGGUAUUAUGACCGGCCACUCUUUCGAGACGACGAAGCAGUCGCUGCCACCAUGGAAUCAGACGUCGUCCGUGUACGAUUUUCACGACGGUAGCAACGAAAGCGAUUAUGGUCUCGUGAUAGAUGAGUCGCAGAAACGGAAACGGGCGCCGAAAUCGAAGCGACUCAAACGGGAUUACGACGGUGACGUUGACGUGCUGAACAACGCGCCGAAGAACGGCAUAGAAGAACUGUUAAAAGCGUCGGCGUACACCCUUGGAAAUGGUACCCCAAGGGUUGAUGUCACGCCACCGACCACGAUCUCACAGUACAGUCAGCCUAUGCCGCCGCCUACAGGUUCUGACAGGGCGUCACCGUCCACACGGGAGGCGAUUGCCGGGAUGUUGUCAUUCAGCCAACAAAGUUACUCGACAACGAGUAAUUCUACAAAAUCGUCAAAGAGACCCGUUAAAAGCCAACAAAAUGACGAUGAGGAUGACGAUCAGUUAAUAGAAAAUAUCGACAAGGUUCAUCAAGAUGAUGACUUUAUUUAUCCAGCUUUAGACGCGUCCGACGACGAAGAAUACAUGUUCUUUAAACCUAAGGCAAAGAGUCAAAUCGAUGAAGCAUGGAAUCCGAAAGCUAGAGUGGGACCUCUUUUACCAAAGACGAAUCGGCCGGCACGGGAAGGCGCGAAGAAAACGUCUGUGGAAAAGGGUCUGGAAGCGGCUGCAGCAAAGCGAGCGAAACAAUCGGAUGAAUACCUGGAUAACGACAUGGACAAGGUUACCAAGAAGAAAUUGGGUACCAACAAACGGACAUAUAAUAAAAAGAAACAAAAGGAUCCUGUGGUUCCGGCAGUAGGAACCACAUCGUCUACCACAGUUUCUGAAAAUAUUAUAAAAUCAUCCCCUGGAUUUGGAUCCAUACUGACAAGUCCCAACAGACUCAAAGAUGUUAAAGCCAAACUUGCAGCGCCCGUUCCAGUUGAACGAAAACCGAAGAAGGGAAUGAAAACGGCAAAGCAGCGUUUAGGGAAAAUUCUGAAACUUCAUAAAAUGAUGCACUAAAUAAAAUUAAUAUCAUGAAAGAAGAAGAAAACAUCACGUCAUUCUUCACUUGUGUAUAAAACCAUCUAGUUGUACAUUACUAUGUAAAUAUAAGGAAUUUUCCAAGGUAAUGCAUACUUUACAAAAGCGAAUUAAUUGUAAAGAUCAGCGUCAUUUUCUAAGAAACACUUAUAUUUAUUACUA